AUGGAUCUGUUGGACACUUACUUAUCGGAUAACCAUGAGUACUACGGAUUCAAAUAUUCGGGUGUUAAGGGGACUUAUUUAAGAAGAAAGAUCGGUGGCUGGGUUAACGUUACACGUUAUCUAUCGUUGGUCAGAUCGACUCGUACGAAUGAAUUUAGGGCAGAAUUGGAACAAGAUACCAACGUAUUGGAACUUCGUGGGAAGAGUAUCAACAUUGCUUAUACUGGAUGUUGGGUUCCACUUAAUAGAGCUCGAGAACUUGCUAGGAAAUAUGCCAUAUAUGAUCAGCUGCGACCCUUGUUGGGGUUUGAUAGAGUGGCAAAGGUUAAUCAUUGCGGAGUACAAUUGCUAGAGAUGUUUGUGAUCAUCAACUUUGACGUUUUCGUCCGUAUUCUACGAAGAUGCGACAACAAUAUGGUCAAUAUGGAGGGUCUCUUUUUGCUAGAUAAGCUUGUUUCUCCAGACGGUGAAGUAAAAAAGAAUAUAAGGAGACAUUUUUUGAAAUGCUACCAAGGAGUAAGAAUAGAGUCCACAGAACAUACUUUAUUGGGAGGCUUCUGGGUUCCAUUGAACGUAGCUCGCCAGUUCAGCAACGAGAGGGGUCUUGGAAAGCAUACAGAUCCGAUUCUGGGAUUUUCGACGUUCCCAGUAAUGAAUGCUAAGGAAUAUAUUCCACUGAACAGCGUAGAGGAACGUCUAGCAAAUACGUGGAUUGUGGAAUCUUUUAAUAACUCAGUUUUUUAUGGACUGCCUGAAAGUUUCAGAAUCCCGAAUUUUACCAAAACCUCAAAACCGAUUACACUAAAAGAUGUAUGUUACACAGUCCAAUUGAAUUGCAAUGUCAAGAGAGGCCUUACGAAAAAGCUGGUGGUAUUAAAAAGAAAAUCUGAUUCCUGGGUCAAUGCGUCUAUCCUGAUAAAUGUCUGCUGCUCUUUGAGGAAGGCUAUGUCUCCUAAUGAUACAAACGUAGAUAAUGAGUUAUAUUACCAUCAGAUGGUGUAUUCUCUUCCUUUCGAAAGAGUUCAGUUUGGCAGAGCAACAACCCUUAAUGGAAGAUGGAUUCCCCUGUCACAUGCCAGAGAGUUAUUUAAAGAAAUGCAAGUAAAGUUUUUGGGACCCUACAAAAAGUAUGCUACCCAACUACAAAAACUACUUGAACCUAUAGAACCUACGGAAGAACACUUGCUUGAUGACAAAAAUGAUGAAGUUACCAUUCUACUUGGUAGACCUAACGAUACCAAUGCUCCAGAAGCCGUUCCUGUUCCGCCAAUUAGCCUCAGUUCGGACGAAGAAAUGGAUGAACCUCCGAUGAAGUCUGAAAUGGUACCUGAAAACAAGACGCCCAAGGCGACGGAGACUAUUAUUCUUAGUGAUUCUGAAUCAUCUGAAACCACCUCCACAAGGAUUCCCCAGCCUGCGAUACAAUCAAGCCGUGCUAUUUUGUUCUGCGAAAAAAUCAAAGAUUUUGGAAAAAAGAUGGAUAACGUCCAACAUUUUUCAAAGGAACACAGAACACAACUCGAUAAUAUCCUGAGUGAUUUGGGUCUAUUAAGUGGAAGCGAAAUCCGAUUUAUGCGUGAGCUUGGUGUUUUGAGAAUUCUUGAGACAGUCAACAAACGAAUGACAGCCGAUAUGCACAAACCGGGACCAGAAGGCGGCUCCGAAGAAAUCAAUCGUCAGUUCAAUCAAGACAACCCCUCAGGUGGUGUUAAUGCACCGAUAUUAAUAGUUGACCCACGGCAUGAAACGUCUAAUGACGCUGAGAGAAGACCAGAUGCUCCUGCGACUCAGGCUCAACAGUCUUUCUCCUCGUCCUCGACAAAGUUUUUGUCUACUCCCUCCUCGUCUGUUACUCCUCCUUUAGAUACUCAUACCCGUUCCCAAGCAAGUUGGAAGCAGGCCUGGGGAGUUUUUCAAAGCAUUCUUUCCAAAGCUCAGCCCAGCCGCUCUACUGGAGAUGCAAUUGCCACAACUAAUUCGGACUCUCAUUCGCAAAAGAAGACUGGUUCGAUGCUGGUCAAACAAGAUGCUUCACCACCUCAACGCGAUAAAACCUUUGUACAUGGAUAUGAACAAGAUCCCCCUUCCAGCGGACAAUUGGAGACCCCAAAAGCAAUCACAAAAGUAGGACUAACUAGCGACCAUUCAAGUUUAUCAAGGCGAACACCCAUAAUGGAAUGUUCCAACAAGAGUUCACCUUCAGCAAACGGCAACAGCACUACACAAAGUACACCAGAGAGUAAUUAUACCUCUUUAAUCCGGCUCUCAAGCAUCAAAGAUAAACCUUAUUUUACAGAGCCACGAUCCUUUCCUGGAAACCAUCUACGGCCAGCACAGUCUUCAGUGGCCAACGAUCUCAACGAGAGCACAGGUGAAACGUUGCGAAGGACCCAUUCCCAUCCUUCAGCUGCCGCACAGAAUGAAUCAUUCUCGCUCGACCCCAGUCGUCAAAAGAGAAAGGAAAACGACGACACUUCUUCACAUCCAAAGAGAAGACGCACAAUGACUAGGGGUGACAUAGUAAAGAGCGUGAGAGCAUUACACAACCCGUUAGGUCAUGUAGAGAGAAUCAUGGCUGCCUACAAUAAGAACACGACUAAUAAUAAGAUUUUUCACUCAUGA